AUGGAGACACCCUUAAAAAAAACUCCAGCAACAACCACAGAUCGAGACCAACUCGAAAAAUUAGUCAAGGAAACAAAGCAACUAAAACAGAAAGUUGACGCACUCGAAAAGGAAAAUAUGUUGUUGAAGAAAUCUAUAUAUGACUUAUCGGUUACAUAUAGUGUGGCUGCUGCUCACCACUCAAAAACAAGUCCUUUUGUUAUUGAUUUAGAACCACCUGCUAAGGAUAAUAGCGGUAGUGCUGGCGCUUGUAUCGGAGGCUCUGUGGGUAUUAUUGCACCGAGUAAUAAUGGAGGUACUGGAACUGUCGCGAAAGAAAUCAGUUUGGAGAAUUCGACAGCAGGUAACAAUACUCGUGAUAAACUUCGUGAAGGAAGAACGUUUCAUCUAAAAUCAGAUAUCAAGGGCCAUGGUGGGGCCGUAUAUACGGUUCGUUUUUCGCCGUGUGGUAAAAUGCUUGCAUCCGGAUCUUUUGAUAAAACUGUUCGAAUAUGGGAUACGAUAUCAUUGCAAAAAGAGGCUAGUUGUCUAAAAGGCCACACAUUAAAUGUUUCAGACGUAUUCUGGUCAAAUGAUUCCACGACACUCUUAUCUGGUGCCUACGACCAAUCUUGUAAGCUCUGGGAUCUGGAGACUAACAAAUACACUUUUUCAUUCGAGACAGAAGGAUUCGUUCAGUGCGUGAUGUUCGAUCCGCAGGACAACAAUUUUUUCGCUUGUGGAACAACACGUAAAGUGCUAGCAGUUGUUGAUAGACGACGGCGCGACAGAGCUAUAAAAAUAAAAAACGAUGGGAUGAUAAAUUCCCUUUAUAUAUGUAGUGAUGGUCAGAAUAUAAUUACGGGUGAUUCAAUGGGGUACAUCAAAACAUGGGAUAUAAGAACCGGCUCAUCCUUUCAAACAAUUCUUAAUGAACAGACCAAGAAGCCUAUUUCGCACCUCACAGUCAAUCGCAAAAUGACCGAUGAAGAAGAACCGCGACACAUGGCAGUCAACAGCUACGAUAAUGUGGUAAGGGUAUACGAUCGUGGAUUCCAGCCGACAAAGUCACAACCGCGUUUGUUGCAUGCUUUGAAAGGAUACAAGAAUAAAGGGUGGCCUAUCAAGAGCUCUUUUUUACAAGGAAAAGAAUAUCAGCACUCAAUGGAGGCAAGACGAUUAUCACAUAAGGACGUGUAUGGAAAUACAGAGUUACAGCCGGUUGUUCAAGAUAAUAUCGAAUACGUUAAAGAUAAGCCACUUGAAGCAAGUUUGUUUCUAGCCACUGGCAGUGCAGAUCCUUACGCGUAUCUCUAUGAUGUAGGCGGACCAGAGAGUACCGGUGAGUUAAUCCAACGGCUUGAAGGCCACACAGAUUUUGUGUACGCGGUUGAUUUUCAUCCGAUUGAUCCGAUAUUAGCAUCUUGUUCUGCUGAUUGCACCAUUAAAAUUUGGGCACCGAAUGGGCGAGCGAAGAAAAAGAAUUCACUA